AUGAUAAAUAAUCAAUUUCAAAAUUAUGAUAAUCAAACUAGAACUAAUACAAAUAAUAACAUUUCUAUAAAAUUGAAGAAGAUUAGUAAGGUAGAGUCAGCAAAAGGAAUAUCACACAUUAUUUUUGAUUAGACUGGAUAGAUGAUGAUUUCAACUUAUUAAGGUAAAGUUGGAGUGUGGAAUUUUAAUUAAGGUAAUUUAUAAUUUCAAACUUCAUUCAUUGCUCAUAAUUCAGAAAUUAAGUGUGCUAUUCUACUAUCCAAUUAAAAUUAUUACAUUAUCACAGCAGUAGAUAAAACAAUUAAAAUUUUCUAAAGAAAUAAUGAAAUUUAUUGGAAUUGUAUUUAUGAAUUUAAAAAACUAAAAAAUUCUUUUGGUUGUAUGAUUAUUAAUGGAAAUGGAAACAAUUUGUUUACAAGUAGUGAAAAUAUUAUAAGUGUUUGGAGACUUAAUUUUUAAUAAAACUAAAUGUUAACUUGUUAAUAAUUAUUAGAAUAACAUAAAUGGGCAAUAAAUGCUAUAAGUUUAAAUAAAUCUGAAAAUAAAUUAGUAUCAUGUAGUAAAGAUAAAAAAAUUAUUGUCUGGGGUUUAAAUGAAAAUAAUCAAUGGGAAUACAAACAUGAUGUUAGAUAAUCAAUUUUAGAAUGUGGAAAUGCUUUAUAUUUUCUUAAAGAUUCUUAAUUUAUAUGGGUAUCAGGGGAAAUGUAUGGUUUAGAUUGUAUUUAUGUAUAUGAAGAAUGGGGUGAGUAAUUUGAAGAGGUUUUAGGUAAGACUAUUAAUUUACCUAAACAUCAAAAUGAGGUCUCUAUAUCUCCAGUAGUUUAUAUAGAUCAAUAGAAGUAGAUAAUCUUAAUUUCAUAGAAGAAUAGUAUCUAUUUAUUAAGAGAAAAAAGUGAUGGAAAUCUUUGUAUAGAAACUCAAAUUCUUAGAGCCAUAUAGAGUCAUUAAUAAUCAUAAAGUUUAACUUAAGAUGGAAAAUACUUAGUUUAUAGUUAUUAUAAUAAUAAAGAUGAUCGAAAUUAUUUUUCAGUUAAUGAGAUCAUAUAAACUUCUUAUUGA